AUGCCAACUAGAGGUGGAAAUAUCACUAUUGAAGAUUUUAAAUCUGUACUAGAUGAGCUAAGUGAAAUGAUAGAAAAAUAUCUACCUACUUCUGAUAUAAUUAUAGGAGGUGACAUGAAUGCCUCAUUGCAUAGAAAUGAGCGUAAAAUACCUCGUGACAUUGUCUUUGAUGAAUUCUUAAAAUCAAAUGGACUGUCAAUACCUUCCACUUGCAAAAAGCAGAGUACGUUUUUUCACUUCAAUAAUAGAGAUGAAUCUCAAAUUGACUAUUUUGUUGAAACUAGUGCAAUGGUCAAGAAAUAUUUGUCAUUUAAUCGUGAAUUUCAAAAUCUAUCCACUCAUGAUCCAAUUAUGAUUUCAAUUAACUGUUGUAUUGAUAGGAUGGAUAUAAGCACUAGCGAUCCUAGACCUUUACGUAUAAAAUGGGAUAAAAUUGAUAAACAAAAAUAUGAAAAUUUACUAAAAGAGAGAUUAAUUGAAUUUAAUGAUGUGGCUGUGGUUGAAACUGCUGAAAAUAUAGAGAACAUUUUAACAAAAUUUUCUGACAUUAUUGUGACUACUGCUGAAAGUCUAUGCCCAAAAAGAAAAAAACAAUUUAAGAGAAAAAGGGAUUGGACCCCAGAAAUGACUGAAAUUGUUAAGGAGGGUAAAUUUCACUAUUGGAAAUGGAAAAAGGAAGGUAAUAAAGAUAAUAAAUCUAGCAUUAACUAUAUUCGAAUGAAAGUGCAAAAGAAAAAACUUCGUUCUGCCCAAAGACGAUUGGCUGCUGAGAAAAGAGAAAAUACGUAUACCAAAAUUAUGGAAUUAAAUGAGAAUAAUGAUAAACAAUUUUUCGCAUUAGUAAAUAAGCAUAGAAAUUCAAGGUCAUCCACAACUUCAAUUUUGAAGGUUAAUAAUAGACUGUAUAAUAAUUCAGCCUCCAUUCUGGGAGCUUGGGCUGAAUACUUUGAAGAUUUGGCCUCACCAUCUGUGCAAGAUAGAUUCGAUAGUAAAUUUUUUAAUUUGGUUAAUAAUGACAUUGAAAUAUUAACUGAUAUUUUCUUAAGUACAAGAGAACCGAUUCAGGAAGUGACUGAGUACGAAUUGAAUAAAUGUAUUUUAUCUUUUAAAAAUGGAAAAGCACCAGAUGUUGAUAAAUUCACCAUAGAACACUUGAAAUAUGGAGGACAGACAGUUAUAAAUAUACUAACUAAAUUGAUAAACUUAAUUUUUAAAACUGUUGCUGUCCCAAAUAAUUUAAAAAUUGGGAUAGGAUGUCCUCUGUUUAAAAAUGGAGGAAAACCAAAAGAAGAUCCAAAUUCAUAUAGACGUAUAACUAUAACUAGUGCUAUUGGAAAAACUAUAGAAAAGCUACAUUUAUCCCGUAACAAAAGCUCCAUUAAAAAUCAGCAAAGUAGAUUACAAAAAGGGUUCACUGAAAGGGCUGGUUGUAACUGA